AUGACCCAGACCCUCAAGCUCGCCUCCAGGGUGUUGCAUCGUGUCCGCUGUGUUUCUGAGCUGGGUGCCUCACCGGGCUCCAGAGGCUCUGGCUCAGCGCCUCGGAGCUUGGCAGACAUCCCAGGCCCCUCCACGCCGGGUUUUCUUGCCGAACUUUUCUGCAAGGGAGGGCUGUCGCGCCUACACGAGCUGCAGGUGCAGGGCGCUGCACGCUUCGGUCCCGUGUGGUUGGCCAGCUUCGGGAAGGUGCGCACGGUGUACGUGGCGGCCCCUACGCUCAUCGAGCAGCUGCUGCGACAGGAGGGGCCCAGGCCCGAGCGCUGCAGCUUCUCACCGUGGGCUGAGCACCGGCGCCAGCGCCAGCGGGCUUGCGGACUGCUCACUGCGGAAGGCGAAGAAUGGCAGAGGCUCCGCAGCCUCCUGGCCCCGCUCCUCCUUCGGCCUCAAGCCGCUGCCCGCUACGCCAGGACCCUGGACGACGUGGUCCUUGACCUUGUGCGGCGACUGCGGCGCCAACGGGGACGUGGUACUGGGUCGCCCGCCCUGGUUCGUGACGUAGCCGGAGAGUUUUACAAGUUUGGACUAGAAGGCAUAGCAGCUGUGCUGCUGGGUUCGCGCCUGGGCUGCCUGGAGACAGAAGUGCCUCCAGACACCGAGACCUUCAUCCGUGCAGUGGGAUCUGUGUUUGUGUCCACACUGUUGACCAUGGCGAUGCCCAACUGGCUGCACCGCCUCGUGCCGGGACCCUGGGGCCGCCUCUGCCAAGACUGGGACCAGAUGUUUGCAUUUGCCCAGAAGCACGUGGAGCGGCGAGAGGCCGAGGUAGCCAAGAGGAGCCAGGGAAGGCCUGAGGAGGACAUGGAAUCUGGGGCGCACCUGACCUACUUCCUGUUCCAGGAAGAGUUGCCUGCCCCGUCCAUCCUGGGGAAUGUGACGGAGCUGCUACUGGCCGGAGUGGACACGGUGUCCAACACGCUCUCCUGGGCUUUAUAUGAACUCUCUCGGCAUCCGGAAGUCCAGACGGCUCUCCACUCCGAGAUCACAGCUGCCUUGAGCAAGGGGUCCAAUGCCCACUCCUCAGCCACUGUUCUGUCCCAGCUGCCCCUGCUGAAGGCUGUCCUCAAGGAAGUGCUAAGACUGUACCCCGUAGUACCUGGAAAUUCCCGCGUUCCAGAUAAAGACAUUCGUGUAGGUGAUUAUAUCAUCCCCAGAAAUACGCUGGUCACUCUGUGUCAUUACGCCACUUCAAGGGACCCUGCCCAGUUCCCAGAGCCAAAUACUUUUCGCCCAGCGCGCUGGCUGGGGGAAGGCCCAGCCCCCCACCCAUUUGCCUGUCUUCCCUUUGGCUUCGGCAAGCGCAGCUGCAUGGGGAGACGCCUGGCAGAGCUUGAGCUGCAAAUGGCUUUGGCCCAGAUCUUGACUCACUUUGAGGUACAGCCUGAGCCAGGCGCUGCCCCAAUCAGACCCAUGACCCGGACUGUCCUGGUACCUGAGAGGAGCAUCAACCUACAGUUUGUGGACAGAUAGUCCUGUGGGAGGAGGCUGUUAUCACCUUUUCUCUCAUCAUAGGGGUUUAUUAGGCACAAGACCAAGAGAUGUGUAUUUCCCCUGAGACCUGUCUGUCUCAUCACACUAGUCAGAAUGAUCAUAGCAAAGGGUUUGAGGCAGUCCUGGCCAAGGUGUGAAGUAUGCAUUUGGCCUGACCCAGCAGGCCCGGAGAAAACCAUAGCCCCUCUGCCUGCUCAGCCCUUUUCCUGAUCAUAUCAUAUGCAUCCUUCAAGGGCCAACUCAGACUUUUAACUAGUAAUGCUGGGUGACCUGAGGAAGAAUUCCACCACCGCCCUUUGGGGGCUCCACAGUGUUCACUGAUGCUGCUGACUAAGCUCUUUGCAGGACAUGAGCUAAGUAAUUGUGCAUCUGGUCUGCACCUGGCCUUCCUUGCAUGUGAGCUCUUUGAGAGGAAGGAUGAGGCCUUAUUCAGUUUUUAUACCCCUGCCAGGGCCUGUCCCUGGGUGACACACAAAUUCUCAGACGAAUCUGGACCACGUGGCAGAAGGGGGGAGCAGCUUACCAGGCUCUGCCUACCCCGUUCCUUCCUCACCUUGCCUCUAGAAAGGCGAGUCUGCCCUUGCCUGGUUUAUGAUUUUUUAAAAACUAUCCUUGCCUCUAUGGUCACUAUUAAGUUGGCUUGACUUAGUUCCCAGAGACAUCUCUGCACCUAUCCCUGUAUAUGCCUUCCUUUUACAUAUUGAUAUUUUUAACUAUUCAUAGUUUUUAAAUAAA